AUGUCAUUGCAGCGAAGGGCUGAAGCUCUCAGGCAAAAGAUCGAUGAUCUCCUCGUAGUGGGAGGUGCCAUAGCGGUUCCAAUCCUUCGGGUCGUCAAUGAUACGGCUGAUUGGUGUCCCCCACUAAAAAUAGCGACCGGAAGUGCACUCUCCAUCCUCGAUGAGGUUCAGGGGUUCAAGGAUAACAAGAAUGAAUGGGCUAGUUUUGGUCAGCACAUAGUCGAUACUGUAGCCGAGGUGAUUUUAGCCAUAAAAUCUUAUGAUCCCUCAGUGGAAGAGGCAAAGCCGUGGGUGGAGAGUAUUGCAAAGCUUGAUGGCGCGCUACAGAAGAUCAAAUCCGAAAUCGAACGCAGACUGAAAAAAAUAGAGAAGCGACCGACUUUCAUAAAUGCCUGGUCUUACUUGAGAGACCCGGGAAGGAUCGAUGACCUAAAGAAAGAUUUUGACAAUGCAUUGAUAUCGUUUCAGCUGAGGAUGAGCCUAAUAGGUGGUGCCAAAUUAGCGGCUAUGGAAUGCCGUCUAUGGGAAGACAAAAUUCUCGAUAGGCUCCGAUUCCCACAUAUCGCCCAGGAUGAUUCCACUCAGGCAUGCCUAGGUGGCACAAGGGCGAAACUCACCGAGCAUAUUAUGACAUGGUGCCACAACACUGGGGAGAGUGAGAACCGGCUAAUGCUACUGACUGCUGUGGCCGGUGCCGGAAAGACUUCGAUUACACUCACGAUAGCAGAACGAUGUGCUAGUGAAGAGGGUAUUACCCUGUUACUGCAUUUUUUCUUUAAAGCUGGCGAACGGUCACGGCCCGAUUUUCUAUUCAGUGGCAUAGCUCGGGCGCUAGCAGAACGAGACCCGGUUUACCGCACUUUGAUUAUCUCUGCCCUUCGAAAAGACUCUUCCCUCCCAACAGCCCCACUUGCGAAACAAUUCAAGCAUUUGGUGGCUUCUCCUCUCCUCCAUAAACCUCCACCUCCCAGCCAUCCUAUGGUCGUCAUCAUCGAUGCUUUAGAUGAGUGUGACAGAGAAGCUUUUGAGCCCCUUGCCGAAAUUCUGAGGGAGGAAGUGCCCAAACUACCAUCUUCCACUAAAUUCUUUAUCACAUCGAGACAAUUUAAUCUAGUGACUCGCUUCCUUUCCCCCAAUUACCCUAUCGUUCAUCUCACUAUUGAUCUCUCAGAUGAGACAAACAUAAAGGACUGCACUGCAUACAUACGUUCUCAGCUUCAAAAGCUGAGGGAAGUGCAUCCGGAUUUACGCUGUAAUCUUCAGGAUGAGGAUAAAUCGGUACAGGAGAUCUCGGAACGUGCAAAUGGCUUGUUUAUCUGGAUCAGCACCAUCUUUCGCUAUAUGAAGAUGACCAGUGAGGAUCCUAUGGGGACACUAAAGAGCUUGCUUGACACCAGUGCCAAGCGAUCAAAGGUCCCUGCCGAGGAAAUGAUGGAUCACUUGUACACAAACAUUCUGAAGAGGUGUAAUUGGAAGAUUGAAGGUUUUGUACAUGACUACCCCAUUGUGAUGGGAGCAAUCUUCGUUGCACGGCAGCCUCUGUCCAUUGCAAGCUGGGAACGAAUUUUGUUACCUUUUUUGAAGUCACCUGUUCAAUAUACGUUGGCCGAACUUGCACCUCUCCUCUUGGGAGUCGAGAACCCUCACAUUCCGGUUCGCAUCUCACACCAAUCCUUCCGCGACUUUGUCCUACAUCGGCUCGAUCCCGGAUCAAUCGAUGUUGGUUGCAGUUUAGUGAAUGUGAAGACCGAGAAUGCCAGGGUUGCCCUACAAUGUACCAAGAUCCUAAACCAUGGUCUUUCAUUUGUAAAGGGCUUAGGGUGGAUUGAUAACAUGUCUGAAAAGGAUGAAAUGCCGCACUUUCCUCCAGAGGACUUAUCUGAGCACUUUCAUUAUGCAUGUCGUCAUAUUGUCCAUCACCUCAGUGGAGUCCAGGAACCAUCAGAGGAGCUUGCUGGGUCAAUUGGCAUGUUUCUCAGUCACAAAGCAGCUUGCUGGGUGGAAGUCUGUGUGAGGAUGGAGGGCUACAUUAGUAUCUCAUCACUACCAGAGUGGGCUAAGUCGGCUGUUCUGUGCCAGUCAAAGGAUGCUGUCCAUGCAUUGGCCAAUGUGCUUAUCCGACUUCAGCGGAAUUUGAAAUUUUUUUCAAGAUUCCAGGAGGCCUAUGAAGCAGCAGAUGAUUCUGUUAUUCUCUGCCGUGACCUUGUUUCUCUGGACCCAAGGGCCUACACCCCGGAUUUGGCCAAGUCACUCAACAGCCUAUACAAUGCUCUUUACAAUCUUGGACGGCACUCAGAGGCACUCCCAUUCAUCAAAGAGAGCCUCAACCUCUAUUGCCAGCUAGUUGUUGUUCACCCAGGAUUGUACAUCCCAGAUUUGGCCAAGUCGCUCAACAGUCUAUAUAAUGCUCUUUCCAAUCUUGGACAGCACUCAGAGGCACUCCCAUACAUUGAAAACAGUGUCAAACUCCGACACCAGCUAGCUGUCAUUAACCCUGGAUUAUACACCCUGGAUUUGGCCAGGUCACUCAGCAGUCUAUGUAAUGCUCUUUCCAAUCUUGGACGGCACUCAGAAGCACUCCCAUUCAUUGAAGAAAGUGUUGAACUUGGACGCCAGCUAGUUGCUGUUCACCCAGGAUCAUACAUCCCAGAUUUGGCCAGGUCACUCAACAAUCUAUAUAUUACUCUUUCCAGUCUUGGACGGCACUUGGAGGCACUCCCAUUCAUUGAAGAAAGGGUCAAACUCUAUCGCCAGCUAGUUGCCAUUCACCCAGUGUCAUACACCCCUGGUUUGGCUGGAUCACUUCUCAAUCUAUAUUUAGCUCUUUCAAGACUUGGACAGUGCUCAAAGGCACUCCAGCUCAUUGAAGAAAGUGUCAAACUCUACCGCCAGCUAGUUGCUGUGCACCCAGGGUCAUAUACCCCCAAUUUGGCCUUGUCACUCAACAAUCUGUAUGUUGCUCUCUCCAAUCUUGGUCGGCAUCCAGAGGCACUUCCAUUCAUUGAAGAAAGUGUCAAACUCUACUGCCAGCUAGUUACCAUUCAUCCAGGAUCAUACACCCCUGAUUUGGCCAUGUCACUCAACAAUCUGUACAUUGCUCUCUCCAAUCUUGGACAGCAUUUGGAGGCACUUCCAUUCAUUGAAGAAAGUGUCAAACUCUACCGCCAGCUAGUUCCCAUUCACCCAGGAUCAUGCACCCCUGGUUUGGCUAGGUCACUCCUCAACCUAUAUACUGCUCUUUCUGAACUUGGACAGCACUCAGAGGCACUCCCAUUUAUUGAAGAAAGUGUCAAACUCUACUGCCGGCUAGUUGCCAUGCACCCAGGGUCAUAUGUCCCUGAUUUGGCUGCAUCACUCAAUAAUCUCUAUACUGCUCUUUCCAAACUCGGACGGCACUCAGAGGCAUUCCUAUUCAUUGAAGAGUGUGUCCAAAUCUGGCAUGAGCUGGUUGCUGUUAACCCAAGAGCACAUGCCCCAGGAUUGGCUAAUUCACUCAAGAAUCUACAUAGUGCACUCUCCAAUCUUGGGCAUCAUUCUGAGGCACUGUAA